CUUAUCGUGGUGAAACAGGAGGACAAGCUGGAGAUGCUGUUCAAACACUUCCUGGUGGAAGACAAGAGCUUGAGUGGGGGAGCAUCCUAUGUGGACUUUCUCUGUCAUAUGCACAAGGAGAUUCGGCAGCUACUGAGCUAGAGCAAGUGGGUAAACAGCAUAGGGUCCAGGCCAGCUUCCAGAAAGUACCCCAGGACAGCAGAGAAAUUGGGACAGUUCCAUACCUUCUAAGUCAUGUAAGCUGACCUCAGUCUCUUUAGGGGGGAGGGGGAGAUAUAAGGAGACACCUUCUUUCUGGGCUCAAGUAUCCUACCACUCUGUCAUGUCCUGCUGUUGGAAGGUGCCCCUAUCCCCUCACUUUACCCUCCUUUUCCUGCUAAUCCUGUCGUAAUGAAUGUAGUUUCUCAGUUCACUGUAUAUGAUUCGGUGUUGGGGGAUUUGGAGCCACCCAGACCCAGGCAAUAUUAUGUGUCCCUUUGGACCAGCCUCCAAGAAGAGAAGGGCAGGUGGGAAGGAGUGGGGAUCCCAGGGUUACUACAGGGGGAGGGGCUGCCAAUUCAGCUCAGUGUCAUCAACAACUUCCUAUAUUAGGGAUAAACAUACAUACAGGUGCACAAGAGCUGGGGUGUAGACCAUAGAUGGUAGAGAAGAAAGUGGUCUGUCUUCCUGGGCCUCAACAGCCAAGUCAGUUCCUGAAGGUGGUUGAUUAGCUUUCUCUCUCUGCUUCCGCUGCUCUUUCUCCUGCAAUGAUUGGUGAUCACUUGGUGGAUAGAGGCACAUUGUCAGAGGUGAAUGAGCCUGGGAAGAGCGUUGCAAGGUAUAUUAAGACCUGGGAGAGGUACCCACCUCCUUCCAGCUGGAGAGGCCCCAACACUGGAUGGUUCUGUAGGGAGCCUUGUCAUCAACUUGCAAUACCUCACAGAGCCAGCCCAUAUUCCACUCUGACCUCCUGCUGGAAACACUGCUCUCCAAGCUGGGGUUGUUGAGGGGAGAGGCAGAGGUGGCUAGUCUCUCCCGCCAGGACACCACUCAGGCUUUGGCACUGACAGAGUGGCUGACAGUUAUCUUCCAACCCGACCUGGCCGGGGCAGACCAAGGGCUAGGCUUGAUGGUGGCCAGGCUUGCCUGCUCCCAGCCUGGGAUGCCCCUGCUCUGGACCUCUCAUUUCUCUUCAUUGGUUUAUUUUUCAAUGCAUCUUUAAUUUGUAAAGAAAUAAAUUAAGAUGUAACCAGUAGCCUCAUUUUUAUCUGCGACCUAUCGCUUUCCCUCCAGUCCUUCCUGCCAGGACUAGCGGCUCCCGGGAAGUGGCCGGCCGAGUGGAGCUGCGCAUGCGUCACGUGCCCCUGUGGCGUAGGACCUCAUCCCGUCGCGACUCACCACCAGGCGGAGACUGGUGCUGAGGCGCGUCGGCCGCCACAGAGGGCAUGGGGGCCGGCCGUACGGGGGCUGUGCUCGCCGUCCUGGGAGUUCUUAGUGUCUGUGCGGCCAGCGGCUCAGGGCCAGUGGUGGAGGGGGAUACCCGCGGGGGGACGGAGUGGGCGGAGCCGUGGGAUGGCGCAGUUUUCCGGCCUCCCUCGCCGCUGGGCGCAGUGGGGGUGGCGCGCAGUCCGUUGACCCCGCCGCCGGUGAGGGAGGAGGCGGUGGAUUUGCCGGUGCUGCUGUGGUGGAGCCCAGGGCUGUUUCCUCACUUCCCGGGCGACUCGGAGCGCAUCGAGUGCGCGCGCGGCGCGUGCGUGGCGUCCCGGGACCGACGGGUGCGGGGAGACUCGCGGACGCGCGCUCUGCUUUUCUAUGGCACCGACUUCCGCGCGUCGGAGGCGCCGCUGCCGCGCCUGGCGCACCAGAGCUGGGCGCUCCUACACGAGGAGUCGCCCCUCAACAACUUCCUGCUGAGCCACGGUCCGGGCAUCCGCCUCUUCAAUCUUACGUCCACCUUCAGCCGUCACUCGGACUACCCGUUGCCGUUGCAGUGGCUGCCAGGCACCGCCUAUCUGCUCCGCGCGGCGCCUCCGCUCCAGGAGCGCGCCGAGUGGCGCCGCCGCGGCUACGCGCCCCUGCUCUAUCUGCAGUCUCACUGCGACGUGCCUGCGGAUCGCGACCGCUACGUGCGCGAGCUCAUGCGCUACAUCCCGGUGGAUUCAUAUGGGAAAUGCCUGCAAAAUCGGGAGCUGCCCAUUCCGCGGUUACAGGACACAGCCACAGCCACCACCGAGGAUCCAGAGCUCCUGGCCUUCUUGUCCCGCUAUAAGUUCCAUUUGGCCCUUGAAAAUGCCAUCUGUGAUGACUACAUGACGGAGAAACUGUGGCGCCCCAUGCAUCUCGGUGCCGUUCCUGUGUACCGUGGCUCUCCCUCUGUGCGGGACUGGAUGCCCGACAAUCACUCCAUCAUCCUCAUUGACGACUUUGAGUCGCCGCAGAAGCUGGCAGAGUUUAUUGACUUUUUGGACAAGAACGAUGAGGAGUAUAUGAAAUAUCUGGCAUACAAGCAACCUGGGGGCAUCACCAACCAGUUCCUUCUGGAUAGUCUCAAGCAGCGGGAGUGGGGAGUGAAUGAUCCUUUACUGCCUAACUACCUUAACGGCUUCGAGUGUUUCGUCUGCGACCACGAACUGACUCGGCUAGAGGCCGAGAAGGCCCACGCAGCCUCUCCUGGGGACAUCCCCGUCCCUGAGCCUCAUAUCGCCCAGCCCUCACACAUGAACUGCCCAGUGCCCACACCGGGCUUUGGUGCCAUAGAAGAGAUUCCUGAGAAUGACAGCUGGAAGGAGAUGUGGCUGCAAGAUUAUUGGCAAGGUCUGGACCAGGGGGAAGCUCUCACUGCCAUGAUCCACAACAACGAGACAUUGCAGAGGAAAUUUUGGGAUUACCUAACCGAGAUCUUUAUGAAAAGGAACCAGAAUCUCUAAUUACUCUUGCAAGAGUCCUUAACUUGAUAGAGCUAAGGAGAUGGAGGUUUUUAUUCUACCAUACGACGUGAAGGGUAUCUGCUGCACAGAUCCUUAAUGAACACUCUCUUACCAUGGAUUCAAAGGAUAAACUAUAUCCACAGAUAUUUCAGUCUAAUGGUGUGUAGCCAGAGUCUUAGCCUUAUAGGUAAUAGGGCCUCUCCUCGAGGAAAGAUGGAAGCAUCCAGUUCUUGGUUUUGUGGGAAGCAGAAGCCUGAAACACGCAUUUGAUUCAAGGUGCUGAUCAACAGCGUUUUUAAGGAAUUGCUUAUUUCUCUAGCCAUUUCAUCCUCUCAGUUGUGAGUGGGACAACAUGUUAAUAUUUGGCUGUGAAUGAGGUAAGAUGGGCCAGGUUUAAAACUUCUCUUGUGCUAUUCCUCAAACCACUCAUUAUUACUCCUUACCUUUCCUAAUCUCUUUUGCUCAUCUCUUGGUUUUUAAAGUGUUGUGUUGGUGGUGAAGCAAAACUCCUGGUGAGUUGUGUUCUGGUCCCUGGAGUUGUAUUUUUUUAAAUCAUUUACUUUGCUUUUCAUGUCAGCCUUUAAAAUUUUUAUUUUAUUAUUAUUAUUUGUGGGCAUGUGUGUGUGGCUUUUUGGCCGCACCCAGAGCAUGUGGAAGUUCCCUGGCCAGGGAUCAAACCCAAGCCACAGCAGCAACCAGAACCACUUCAUUGACAAUGCUGUAUUCUUAACCUGCUGCGCCACAAGGGAACUGCUUAACUUUUAAUUUUGAAUAGCUUUUUCUUUCCUGGUGUUCCAUAAUUUCUGAUGGAGAUGGAGUAUCCUCGCCACCCUUCCCACAUUCAUCAUCCCCUGUAUUAAAUUGGCUAUAGGUUUGCCAGCUUUUUUUACUGCUGGUUUGCUUUUUAUCUAGGGGAUAUCUAGAAUUCUUUCUCACUUCAUGAAUAGAAAGAUUCAGUGACUGGAGUUCCCAUCAUGGCGCAGCAAAAACACAUCCAACUAGGGGCCAUAAGAUUUCAGGUUCAGUUUUUGGCCUCGCUCAGUGGAUUAAGGAUCCGGCCUUGCCGUGAGCUGUGGUGUAGGUCACAGACACAGCUUGGAUCUGGUGCUGCUGUGGCUGAGGCAUAGGCUGGCAGCUGCAGCUCCUGUUGGACCCUUAGCCUGGGAACCUCCAUAUGAUACAGUGACUAAUAAAUGUCGUAUAAAUUUAAUGAAUUGUCCUUCUCUAUUUUUGGCUGGAGAUGGAGACUAAGCCUGGAAAUGAUGAUAGAAAAAGCUAUAAUGAUUUUGAAGUGUUAAAAUAGCCCAUUGUGAAUCAAAGUGCAAAUUUUUAUAGGUUUUUGUUCUUUUCUGUCUGCCUAAUGAACUCUUCUACUUUAUUAUUUUUGUAUGCCUCAAAAGUCCCAUUUCCCCCCCAAAAGUCAUGAAAUUGUGGUGGACAAAACAGCCCAGCAAUAUAGCUGUAUUAAUUAUCUCAUAUUCUGAGGCACUUUUCACUUUAAGUGGGAUAAAUAUUCCAACUUCAUUCAUUCUAUUACUGAUACAAGACACGACUUUAUAGUACUUUCUGAGACUACAUUUUGAUGGAGCCCAUCCAAGGCCCUAAGCUCAAGGGGAUGAGAGGUAAGGCAAGACAUACAAGCCAUCAUAAGGGGAUAUAGGCAAACCCUCCAUUUGCUGUGGUUUAAACAUACAGCUUAAUGGGCAAGGAGACCAUUUGCUUUUUCUGGGGCAGUGGAACAAGAAAGAAUACUAUGUAUCUUAGAACUACCCUGGUUGUGAUGUUGUAUUAAUGAAUUAUCACUAGAGAAGUUUCAUAGCUUAUCAAUAUAUCUGGUUUAGUAUAUGUGUGUAUCUGUAUACACACAAAUUUACCAACAUAUAAAUACGGUUGCAAAGACAAGAGGAAGAUUUUAUGACUUCAGUAUAGACUGUGUAUAAAUAACCUUGUCCUUAUAUAAGGUUUUGUUUGUUUUUAUUAUUUUGAGCAAAAUGCUAAGCUAUUCUGUGUAUGAUGAUAACAGUUUGUGUUUAAAUUUAAGAAAUCUAGCUCUUUAUUUAACAUCAAAGCCAACAUCAUGUUUAAUUUUUUUAAAAUGACACCUACUUUGAAUUCAGUAAAGAUCUAUAGAGAAUUUAUAUAACUUUAGGCUGGCAUGAAACUAUAUAAUAUCCCACAAAAUGGAAAUCCUACAACAGAACUCCCAAUAAACAUUUUGUUUAUAUAUGAGAUGCUUCAAUAACUAGGGUCCCACACUUAUCGUGACACCUAAAGAUGUGGCCAAGGAAACCUAUUUAGGCUGGGUUUCACUGCCAACGUGGUUCUUUUUCCAGUUUAUUUAAUAAAAAAUGCUUUUCAUAAGAGCAUGGAAAGUUUGCUUACCCAGUUUGGACUUUCACAGAAAACAAGAGGAGGGGAAGACCUUCAAAAAUACUUCUGUUAAAAUUUGAUAUAGUAGAGACCCUUACAAAAGAAGUCAAAUUCAGGACUCUGAUUUCUAAGCCUGCACUCUAUUUAAAUGCUGAUGCUGGUUUAUAGAAUGCAAAAUACAUAUUACAACCAUGUGCAAACUAAUGUUCAGACUCAAAUUUCAUUAUGUGCAAUAAAAAUGGUAAGUGAUGGUUAUGCAAGGGGUAGAAUCAUCCUUUCCUUUCCUGUCUAAUUACACCAAUUCACAUUGGCAUUACUUUAGCACUUUUAUGUAUAAAGUAGGCCAGUUGUUUAUGAAUGAUUGUGGCCAGAGACUCAUGCCUGCUUUGUGACCAGUGCUCCCCACACUUUCUCCUUUAUUCCCUAUUACCACAGAAGUAUUCAUAAAAGAGCAGGGAAGGCCAGGUGCUACGGGUCCACAAGGGAAGGCAGCACCAGAAAUAGCCACCUAGCUAUCCAACUAAAGGCUUCUCUUUCUCUACAGAGAAAGCAAGCAAUGUGAAUUUUCGCUAGUUUGUGACCCAGCCUGCAUUCUGUACAGCAGCAGGCUUGGGGUUAUUGGUGGUAGAAGUGUCUGAUAGGAGUCAGCUUUAUUUGUGUUGCUGGAGUCAGGGUGGAACUUGGGGCUGAUGCCCUUACUAUUCCCAGGUGUUGCUGUUUUCUAUUGUCUCAGGUUUCAUUUUGUAUAAUAAAUGGCUUCUUUUGAAACAGUG